GCAUUACGUCAUGCUGCGCCCCACGCUGCACGGCUGCAGGAGCCUGGGGAGACACUAGUGCAGUGCUCUACCCCACCGUUUACCGCCCCACGUCUCUGCAAUUUUCCUUUGCACUUUCCAGGCUGGUUGUGAGUGUAAUUGUUCUCGUUGUCUCCUCUCCUUCCCUCUCUGGUGAGCGAUAUCGGCGAUGUUCCGCGUUCAUCGUUGGUUGUUCGGUUCAACAAAUUGUUUCCUUGCAACUCUGAGGGCCGUGUCGACGGUCCGAGUGAGGAGCGUCAGUGAACGAGAGGAUGUGAUUGCGCACACGCACGUGUGCAGCCCCCUCAUCCUACAUGUAUCUGCGCGCUUCAAUAACAAACAAACAGACACAGCGCGAUUGAGACAUGCGACUCGCGAUGAUCUCCGUCCCGUCACAAAGACCGCUGACGAAUCUUGCUAUUGUGAUAAUACGCGUGUGAUAGAUGGCUGUAUGAUGUGUGUGUGAGGUUGGAAACCUGUAUAUAAGAGACUCCGCCAUCUCAACCCAUCCUUCCUUUCUCGUGCUCCUGCUUGCUUCGCUUCCGCUGCAGUAAACACAU